UAGUGUUAUAAGCGGUCCGUCGGAGAGCGGGGCAUGUUAGCGAAUUUUAGCACGUAGCUUAGCUAGGCUAUAGGCUUUAAAGUGUCACUACUGGACUUGGACAUCGCGUGGUGAGGCCAUUGGCCAUCCCGGGCCAUGGCGCCGGGAAUCAUAUUCUACCUCUUGGCAUUGUUAGUGUUAGCAAAUGCCAAAGAGGAUGCCGCUGCAACGCGCGAGUUGAUACAAAAGGAGGCACAGGAGGCGAGAGCGUACGGCGACUAUGGUGACAACGGCAAAGAAAUCGUAGUGGACAUCGAGGACAGCGAGAAGAAACAGUACUACGAGACCAAUUAUGAUACCAAUGCGUAUGGGUUUGGUUACGACGUCGGCCCGAACGGGCAGUUCCACCACGAGAACAGAGGUCCCGACGGGGUCACUUACGGGUGCUACGGCUACAUUGACCCCGACCGGUACCUCCGCGUCACACAUUACGUCGCCGACAGCCACGGCUACCGCGUCGUGGAGCCGGGGAAGCCAGUCGAGGUGUUUCCGGAAGACCCCAAUCAUGAAUAUGACGAAAAUUCACCGAUUACCGCCAGUCCGAUACCUGGGCAGUUAGUACCGUGGGAUAAACUGUACCUGCCAAAAGGUUGCGGAAGAACACCCGGCGGCGUCCCUCCAAUCCCUCCUCCGAAACCGAAACCGAAGCCUCCACAGCCCCGCCCACCGCCAGACAGCACCGGACAGACCAGCAAUCCGAACCCUGGUGUCGUAUACCCUGGACAAGGUGGUUAUUACCCUGGUACCGCAGGUACACCGGGAAGCCCCGGUACACCAGGUUCACCAGGCACACCAGGCACACCAGGCACGCCCGGCAGCCCAGGUGGACCAGGUGGACCAGGCGGACCAGGCGGUCCCAGUGGUGGAUAUUAUCCUGGCGGUUCCGGACCUAGUGGGCCAGGCGGAGCAGGACAAGGCGGCUAUUACCCAGGCUCGGCUGGGACACCGGGAACUCCCGGUACCCCUGGGACUCCUGGUAGUCCCGGUGGACCUGGAGGCCCAGGAGGUCCUGGAGGCCCCGGAACUCCCGGUAGCGGUGGUGGUUACUACCCUGGACAAGGCGGACCUAGUGGACCAGGUGGCCCCAACGGACCAGGUGGACCAGGUGGCCCUAACGGACCAAGUGGACCAGGCGGCCCUAACGGACCAAGUGGACCAGGCGGCCCUAACGGACCAGGUGGACCAGGUGGCCCUAACGGACCAAGUGGACCAGGCGGCCCUAACGGACCAAGUGGACCAGGUGGCCCUAACGGACCAAGUGGACCAGGCGGCCCUAACGGACCAGGUGGAUCAGGUGGCCCUAACGGGCCAAGUGGACCAGGCGGUCAAGGAGGUCCAUGGACUGGUACCCCAGGGCGUCCCGGCACUCCCGGUUCUCCAGGAACACCCGGCACCCCAGGCAGCCCUGGUGGCCCAGGCGGUCCUGGCGGUCCUGGAGGUCCUGGUGGUCCUAGCGGUCCUGUAGGUCCUACUAGCCCUGGCCCAGGCGGUAAUUAUCCAGGAUCUGGAAGCUAUUACCCUGGUACUCCAGGACGCCCUGGCACUCCCGGUACUCCAGGUACUCCCGGCGGUCCCGGUGGUCCCGGCGGCCCCGGCGGCCCUGGUGGCCCUGGUGGUCCUAGUGGUCCUGGUGGUCCUAAUGGCCCAGGUGGACCAACCGGUCCAGCCUCAGGUGGACACUAUCCAGGACAAGGUCAAGGUGGCUAUUAUCCUGGCACUCCCGGUACACCUGGGACCCCCGGCACACCCGGUGGCCCCGGCGGCCCUGGAGGCCCUGGUGGUCCUGGUGGUCCUAGCGGCCCAGGUGGACCAUCCGGUCCAGGUUCUGGUGGACACUAUCCAGGCCAAGGUCAAGGUGGCUAUUAUCCUGGCACUCCCGGUACACCUGGGACCCCCGGCACACCCGGUGGCCCUGGCGGCCCUGGAGGCCCUGGUGGUCCUGGUGGUCCUAGCGGCCCAGGUGGACCAUCCGGUCCAGGUUCUGGUGGACACUAUCCAGGCCAAGGUCAAGGUGGCUAUUAUCCUGGUACUCCCGGUACUCCUGGGUCUCCCGGCACACCCGGUGGCCCAGGCGGCCCUGGCGGCCCUGGUGGUCCUGGUGGGCCAGGUGGUCCUAGUGGACCCGGUGCGGGUGGUCACUAUCCGGGUCAAGGCGGACAAGGAACACCAAGUAGACCUACUGGUCCGGGUGGAUACUAUCCCGGCACUCCCGGCUCUCCUGGCACACCCGGCGGUCCCGGUGGCCCAGGAGGUCCCGGUGGCCCAGGAGGUCCCGGUGGCCCAGGAAGUCCAGGUGGUUACCCUGGACAAACAGGUGGUCAAGGACCAAGUGGACCAGAAGGACAACCCGGAAGACCAGGCACUCCGGGCACCCCAGGAUCACCUGGCGGCCCCGGCGGACCUGGUGGACCUGGUGGGCCAGGAGGACCAAGCGGAUCCGGUGGACCAACCACCGGACCAGGUAGUCCGACUGGAUCUGGUGGACAAGGAGGGAAACCAGGACAACCCGGACAAACAGGCCAGCCAGGACAAGAAGGAUACCCAGGCCAAACUGGACAACCAGGAAGACCAGGACAACCAGGACAGCCAGGACAACCUGGACAACCAGGACAGCCAGGAUACCCUGGCCAGCAAGGACAACCAGGACAGGGAGGACAGUCAGGAUACCCUGGCCAGCCAGGACAACCUGGACAGGGAGGUCAGCCAGGAUACCCAGGUCAGCCAGGACAACCUGGACAGGCAGGACAACCUGGAUAUCCAGCCCAACCAGGCCAACCUGGACAGUCAGGCCAGCCAGGAUACCCAGUACAGCCUGGUCAACCAGGAAGACCAGGACAACCAGGACAACCUGGACAAGCAGGACAACCUGGACAGGGAGGACAGCCAGGACAACCUGGACAGGGAGGUCAGUCUGGAUACCCAGGUCAGCCAGGACAACCUGGACAGGCAGGACAACCUGGAUAUCCAGCCCAACCAGGCCAACCUGGACAGUCAGGCCAGCCAGGAUACCCAGGACAGCCUGGUCAACCAGGAAUAUCAGGACAGCCAGGACAACCUGAACAGGCAGGGCAACCCGGAUACCCAGGCCAAACUGUACAUCCAGAAAGACCAGGACAACCAGAACAGCCAGGACAUCCUGGACAAGCAGGACAACCUGGACAGGGAGGACAGCCGGGAUACCCAGGUCAGCCAGGACAACCUGGACAAGCAGGACAGCCGGGAUACCCAGGUCAGCCAGGACAACCUGGACAAGCAGGACAGCCAGGAUACCCUGGCCAGCAAGGACAACCCGGAAGACCAGGACAGCCAGGACAACCUGGACAGGCAGGACAACCCGGACAGGGAGGACAGCCAGGAUACCCAGGUCAGCCAGGACAACCUGGACAGGGAGGACAGCCAGGAUACCCAGGCCAGCCAGGACAACCUGGACAAACAGGACAGCCAGGAAGACCAGGACAGCCAGGACAACCUGGACAGGGAGGACAGCCAGGAUACCCAGGUCAGCCAGGACAACCUGGACAGGCAGGACAACCUGGAUAUCCAGCCCAACCAGGCCAACCUGGACAGUCAGGCCAGCCAGGAUACCCAGGACAGCCUGGUCAACCAGGAAGACCAGGACAACCAGGACAACCUGGACAAGCAGGACAACCUGGACAGGGAGGACAGCCAGGAUACCCAGGCCAGCCAGGACAACCUGGACAGUCAGGACAGCCAGGAUACCCAGGUCAUCCAGGACAACCUGGACAGACAGGACAACCCGGAUACCCAGGCCAAACUGGACAACCAGGAAGACCAGGACAACCAGGACAACCAGGACAACCUGGACAAGCAGGACAACCAGGUUACCCUGGCCAGCAAGGACAACCUGGACAGGGAGGACAGCCUGGUUAUCCAGCCCAACCAGGCCAACCUGGACAGUCAGGCCAGCCAGGAUACCCAGGACAGCCUGGUCAACCAGGAAGACCAGGACAGCCAGGACAACCUGGACAGGCAGGACAACCCGGACAGGGAGGACAGCCAGGAUACCCAGGUCAGCCAGGACAACCUGGACAGGGAGGACAGCCAGGAUACCCAGGCCAGCCAGGACAACCUGGACAAACAGGACAGCCAGGAAGACCAGGACAGCCAGGACAACCUGGACAGGGAGGACAAUCAGGUUACCCUGGCCAGCAAGGACAACCUGGACAGGGAGGACAGCCAGGAUACCCAGGCCAGCCAGGACAACCUGGCCAGCAAGGACAACCUGGUUAUCCAGCCCAACCAGGCCAACCUGGACAGUCAGGCCAGCCAGGAUACCCAGGACAGGCAGGACAACCCGGAAGACCAGGACAGCCAGGACAACCUGGACAGGCAGGACAACCCGGACAGGGAGGACAGCCAGGAUACCCAGGUCAGCCAGGACAACCUGGACAGGGAGGACAGCCAGGAUACCCAGGCCAGCCAGGACAACCUGGACAAACAGGACAGCCAGGAAGACCAGGACAGCCAGGACAACCUGGACAGGGAGGACAGCCAGGAUACCCAGGUCAGCCAGGACAACCUGGACAGGCAGGACAACCUGGAUAUCCAGGACAGCCUGGUCAACCUGGACAGGCAGGACAACCCGGAUACCCAGGCCAAACUGGACAUCCAGAAAGACCAGGACAACCAGGACAGCCAGGACAUCCUGGACAAGCAGGACAACCUGGACAGGGAGGACAGCCAGGAUACCCAGGCCAGCCAGGACAACCUGGACAAACAGGACAGCCAGGAUACCCAGGUCAGUUAGGACAACCUGGACAGUCAGGCCAGCCAGGAUACCCAGGACAGGCAGGACAACCCGGAAGACCAGGACAGCCAGGACAACCUGGACAGGCAGGACAACCCGGACAGGGAGGACAGCCAGGAUACCCAGGUCAGCCAGGACAACCUGGACAGGGAGGACAGCCAGGAUACCCAGGCCAGCCAGGACAACCUGGACAAACAGGACAGCCAGGAAGACCAGGACAGCCAGGACAACCUGGACAGGGAGGACAGCCAGGAUACCCAGGUCAGCAAGGACAACCUGGACAGGCAGGACAACCUGGAUAUCCAGGACAGCCUGGUCAACCUGGACAGGCAGGACAACCCGGAUACCCAGGCCAAACUGGACAUCCAGAAAGACCAGGACAACCAGGACAGCCAGGACAUCCUGGACAAGCAGGACAACCUGGACAGGGAGGACAGCCAGGAUACCCAGGCCAGCCAGGACAACCUGGGCAAACAGGACAGCCAGGAUACCCAGGUCAGCCAGGACAACCUGGACAGGGAGGACAGCCAGGAUACCCAGGCCAGCCAGGACAACCUGGACAAACAGGACAGCCAGGAAGACCAGGACAGCCAGGACAACCUGGACAGGGAGGACAGCCAGGAUACCCAGGUCAGCCAGGACAACCUGGACAGGCAGGACAACCUGGAUAUCCAGGACAGCCUGGUCAACCUGGACAGGGAGGACAGCCAGGAUACCCAGGCCAGCCAGGACAACCUGGUUAUCCAGCCCAACCAGGCCAACCUGGACAGUCAGGCCAGCCAGGAUACCCAGGACAGCCUGGUCAACCAGGAAGACCAGGACAGCCAGGACAACCUGGACAGGCAGGACAACCCGGACAGGGAGGACAGCCAGGAUACCCAGGCCAGCCAGGACAACCUGGACAGGGAGGACAGCCAGGAUACCCAGGCCAGCCAGGACAACCUGGACAAACAGGACAGCCAGGAAGACCAGGACAGCCAGGACAACCUGGACAGGGAGGACAGCCAGGAUACCCAGGUCAGCCAGGACAACCUGGACAGGCAGGACAACCUGGAUAUCCAGGACAGCCUGGUCAACCUGGACAGGGAGGACAGCCAGGAUACCCAGGCCAGCCAGGACAACCUGGUUAUCCAGCCCAACCAGGCCAACCUGGACAGUCAGGCCAGCCAGGAUACCCAGGACAGCCUGGUCAACCAGGAAGACCAGGACAGCCAGGACAACCUGGACAGGCAGGACAACCCGGACAGGGAGGACAGCCAGGAUACCCAGGCCAGCCAGGACAACCUGGUUAUCCAGCCCAACCAGGCCAACCUGGACAGUCAGGCCAGCCAGGAUACCCAGGACAGCCUGGUCAACCAGGAAGACCAGGACAGCCAGGACAACCUGGACAGGCAGGACAACCCGGACAGGGAGGACAGCCAGGAUACCCAGGUCAGCCAGGACAACCUGGACAGGGAGGACAGCCAGGAUAUCCAGGCCAGCCAGGACAACCUGGACAAGCAGGACAGCCAGGAUACCCAGGUCAGCCAGGACAACCUGGACAGGCAGGACAACCCGGAUACCCAGGCCAAACUGGACAACCAGGAAGACCAGGACAACCAGGACAGCCAGGACAACCUGGACAACCAGGACAACCAGGAUACCCAGGCCAAUCUGGACAUCCAGAAAGACCAGGACAACCAGGACAGCCAGGACAUCCUGGACAAGCAGGACAACCUGGACAGGGAGGACAGCCAGGAUACCCAGGUCAGCCAGGACAACCUGGACAGGGAGGACAGCCAGGAUACCCAGGUCAGCCAGGACAACCUGGACAAACAGGACAGCCAGGAAGACCAGGACAGCCAGGGCAACCUGGACAGGGAGGACAGCCAGGAUACCCAGGUCAGCCAGGACAACCUGGACAAACAGGACAGCCAGGAAGACCAGGACAGCCAGGGCAACCUGGACAGGGAGGACAGCCAGGAUACCCAGGUCAGCCAGGACAACCUGGACAGGCAGGACAACCUGGAUAUCCAGCCCAACCAGGCCAACCUGGACAGUCCGGCCAGCCAGGAUACCCAGGCCAACCUGGACAGCCAGAAAGACCAGGACAACCAGGACAGACAGGACAUCCUGGACAAGCAGGACAACCUGGACAGGGAGGACACCCAGGAUACCCAGGCCAGCCAGGACAACCUGGACAAGCAGGACAGCCAGGACAUCCUGGACAAGCAGGACAACCUGGACAGGGAGGACAGCCAGGAUACCCAGGCCAGCCAGGACAACCUGGACAAGCAGGACAGCCAGGAUACCCAGGUCAGCCAGGACAACCUGGACAGGCAGGACAACCCGGAUACCCAGGCCAAACUGGACAACCAGGAAGACCAGGACAACCAGGACAACCAGGACAACCUGGACAAGCAGGACAACCAGGUUACCCUGGCCAGCAAGGACAACCUGGACAGGUAGGACAGCCUGGUUAUCCAGCCCAACCAGGCCAACCUGGACAGUCAGGCCAGCCAGGAUACCCAGGACAGCCUGGUCAACCAGGAAGACCAGGACAGCCAGGACAACCCGGACAGGGAGGACAGCCAGGAUACCCAGGUCAGCCAGGACAACCUGGACAGGGAGGACAGCCAGGAUACCCAGGCCAGCCAGGACAACCUGGACAAACAGGACAGCCAGGAAGACCAGGACAGCCAGGACAACCUGGACAGGGAGGACAACCAGGUUACCCUGGCCAGCAAGGACAACCUGGACAGGGAGGACAGCCAGGAUACCCAGGCCAGCCAGGACAACCUGGACAAGCAGGACAGCCAGGAUACCCAGGUCAGCCAGGACAACCGGGAAGUCCAGGACAAGCAGGACAGCCAGGAUACCCUGGCCAGCCAGGACAACCUGGACAGGCAGGACAGCCAGGAUACCCAGGACAUCCAGGCCAACCAGAACAGCCUGGUCAACAAGGACAGCCAGGAUACCCAAGCCAUCCAGGACAACCAGCACAGCCAGGCGGAUACCCUAGCAUUCCAGGACAAACAGGACAACCAAGUGGACCAGAAAAGCCAGGGCAACCGGGAUAUCCAAGUGAACCUGGACAGACAGGUGGACCAGGUACGCCAGGUCAAUCAGGACAACCGGGACACCCAAGUGGACCAGUACAGCCGGGUGGACCAGGAAAGCCAAGUCAACCAGGAUACCCAAGUGGACCAGGACAGCCUGCUGGACCAGGUACGCCAGGUCAAUCAGGACAACCGGGAUACCCAAGUGGACCGGUACAGCCGGGUGGAUCAGGAAAGCCAAGCCAACCAGGAUACCCAAGUGGUCCAGGAACACCAGGAUACCCUAGUGAACCAGAAAAGCCAGGACAAUCGGGAUACCCGAGUGGACCAGGACAGCCUGCUGGACCAGGUACGCCAGGUCAAUCAGGACAACCGGGUUACCCAAGUGGACCGGUACAGCCGGGUGGAUCAGGAAAGCCAAGCCAACCAGGAUACCCAAGUGGUCCAGGAACACCAGGAUACCCUAGUGGACCAGAAAAGCCAGGACAAUCGGGAUACCCAAGUGGACCAGGACAGCCAGGUGGACCAGGUACGCCAGGUCAAUCAGGACAACCGGGAUACCCAAGUGGACCGGUACAGCCGGGUGGAUCAGGAAAGCCAAACCAACCAGGAUACCCAAGUGGUCCAGGAACACCAGGAUACCCUAGUGGACCAGAAAAGCCAGGACAACCGGGAUACCCAAGUGGACCAGGACAGCCAGGUGGACCAGUUACGCCAGGUCAAUCAGGACAACCGGGAUACCCAAGUGGACCGGUACAGCCGGGUGGAUCAGGAAAGCCAAGCCAACCAGGAUACCCAAGUGGACCAGGACAGCCGAGUGGACCAGGAACACCAGAACAACCAGGAGGUUCAGGACAACCUGGUCAACCAUCAACGCCAGGUCAACCAGGAACGCCUAGUCAACCAGAUCAACCUGGACAACCAGGAACACCAGGUCAACCAGGCACGCCAGGUCAACCAGGACAACCUGGACACCCAGGAACACCAGGUCAACCAGGACAACCAGGAACGCCAGGACAACCAGGUCAACCUGGACACCCAAGCACGCCAGGACAACCAGGCCAACCAGGACAAUCAGGAACGCCAGGACAACCAGGUCAACCUGGAUACCCAGGCACGCCAGGACAACCAGGACAACCUGGACACCCAGGAACGCCAGGGCAACCUGGACAAUCUGGACAUCCAGGAACGCCAGGUCAACCAGGACAAUCUGGACAACCAGGAACGCCAGGACAACCAGGUCAACCUGGAAACCCAGGUACGCCAGGACAACCAGGACAACCUGGACACCCAGGAACGCCAGGACAACCUGGACAACCUGGACAUCCAGGAACGCCAGGUCAACCAGGACAAUCUGGACAACCAGGAACGCCAGGACAACCUGGACAACCUGGAUAUCCAGGAACGCCAGGUCAACCAGGACAAUCUGGACAACCAGGAACGCCAGGGCAACCAGGCUAUCCACCUGAUAGUCAACCUGCCGGCACCGGAGUUCAACCGCCCUCGUAUUAUCCUCAAGGACAAAUGCCGCCGUUCCCGAUCUACGUCAUACCGUACCCAUUGCCAAUCGUACCCAGCCCCGGGUCUUGUCCGUGCUACCUUUUGAACCCUGGAAACAAUGGCACUGCGCCACAAGCGCCUUCGCAACCGACUGGAUAUAACCCUGGCUACGCACCGUACGGCAUAAUCGGUUUCAUCCCGGUAUUGUUUGUGCCAUUCUGCCCUGGUAACGCCACUGACAUGCAGACAGCCCAGCAAAACUUCCCGAACGCUGUAUCAGUGCCAUACAAUUGUGCCCAAUGUCAGGCUAAUCGUGAUGCGUAUAGAUAUUUCGGAAGACUAAACGGUGGGCGCAGUGUAAAUCUGGAUGAUUUGAAGGAAAUCAAAUCGUUGCCUGAACUCGAGAAUCUCCUCAAGAACGAAAUCAAACCUCCGAGAAGGAGUUUGAAGAGGAUAGCGGUACACGCGAGAGUUCUAGACGACGUAACUAGCGAUAAGAAAGCGAAACAGACAGGAAAAGUCUAGUUACGUGUAGUAUCUGCACAAAUUGUGAUGAAUAGUGAAAUUCGUAUUAAAAUUUUGAGACCGUCCGACUUAAUCUUGGACGAUUUCGAAAUUUAUACUUUAGUUGAGGUACCCUAAAUGUAAUAUUUAUUUUUAACAAAAUAAAAUAUGGUGCCUACGCGUAGGUUGAUGUGUGAAUUUUCAAAUAUUUGUUGAUAUGAUCCAGUAUGUAAUAUUUACAUUAUGUAUUGUACUUACUCUGCUCAUGAUGAUCUUAUGUAUUUUAAGAUAGUUUUUUUUAUUUUGAUAUUUUGUAUAAUGUGAAAUAAUAUUUUAUAGUAGUUUACAGAGAUAAGAGUCAUUAAAUACGUAAAUAUGUUUA